AUGGACGAACUUCCGCAAGUCCCGCCGCCUGGUACGAGCCCGCGAUCUAGUAGCUCCUGGCUCCGCAGUGACGACCCCGUAGCUCGCGUUACCCCCAUCGCCACCACCACGUGCCAAGUCUGCUCCAGAAGCAUCGCUAAGGGCGAGUGGCAGCUCGGAUUCAUGUUCAUCCACGUUGAAGGCUUCAUGAUCACGGAAUGGUAUCACUUACGGUGCUCCGAGUCAUUGUAUACCAGCGACGUCCUCCAGAAUGUGCAGAGCGAGAUGACUUCGGAGCAGAAGCAAGAAUUCCAAUUGGCAUACCAGAAGGUAGCAAACAAAUAA